GAUCAAAGAUUUCGCGGUUCCAUCAGGAACCCUCCCUGAAUCCCCUCCCCUUAGCCUUUCAUCCCCAUAUGCUCCUACAGCCUCAUCCUAGACAAAACGCGCAAGCCUGAAACCUCUGUUCCACCAUGGAUCAUCUUGAAAAACAAAAAGAACAUCCCUUCCACAUCCCCCACACGCGCGCUCCCGGCUCCUCAUCCUCGGAACCGGCCUCGGACGAAGUUACGUUUGCUCACCGCGAACACGACCAGGAGCAAAAUGCGCGGAGCAUGGACCCGAACCCAGACGCGCCCUACCCGUACCACCAGGAGCACGGUCCGCCCAUCGACAACGCCCUGAAGUAUACCGAGGCCGAGGAAGAUUACCAGCACCAUAAGAACCUGUUGUGGAGCCGCAUCAGACACCAUCUGAGAGACCCCUUCGCCGAGUUCAUGGGCACUUUCAUCAUGAUUCUGUUUGGGGACGGGAGCGUCGCCCAGGUCACGUUGAGUGCGAAUCCCAAGUUGCCCCAAAGCAGUCAGAACAAGGGCGAGUAUCAGUCUAUUUCCUGGGGAUGGGGUAUCGGCGUCAUGCUGGGCGUCUACGUCGCAGGCUGUGCAGGAGGCCAUUUAAAUCCCGCAAUCACAUGGGUCAACUGCCUGUAUCGCAAGUUUCCCUGGUAUAAGUUCCCGAUAUACGCUGCAGCACAGGUGCUAGGGUGUUUUUGCGGCGCGGCCGUCAUCUACGGCAACUACAAGUCCGCGAUCGAUGCGUAUGAAGGUGGCGCUUCGAUCCGCACCGUCCCAGGUUUCUCGGACCAUGCCACUGCGGGCGUCUUCUGCACCUACCCGCAGCCAUUCCUGACAAAGACGGGUCAGGUAUUUUCCGAGAUCAUCUCGAGCUCGGUGCUGGUAUUCGUCAUCUUUGCCUUGAAAGACGAUGCGAACUUGGGAGCGGGCAUUAUGGUUCCCUUGGGGUUGUUCUUCUUGAUCUUUGGCAUUGGGGCCACGCUGGGUUGGGAGACCGGCUAUGCCAUUAACCUGGCUCGAGACUUUGGGCCCAGAUUGUUCACCUAUUUUGUAGGCUAUGGGCAUGAAGUGUGGAGCGCGGGAGGGUACUAUUUCUGGGUUCCGAUGAUCUGCCCCUUCAUUGGAUGCACCUUCGGCGGCUUCUUGUACGACACCCUGAUUUACACGGGCGAGUCCCCAAUGAAUACUCCCUGGAUGGGUAUCAAGCGUCUUGUCCACCCAUCGCGCAAGGGAGUUAUGGAAGCCAUUACUGGCAAGCCAGCGAAGGAAGUUUGAAGGCGUCUUGCAUAUUCACCGAUUCGAAGAUGAAGAUCGCUCUCGCCUUUAGCCGCUUGACCUGUAUAUUAGAUGUUUUUUGGGGGCGAGCCUGUGUAGUUUGGGUUCGGCCAUUUCUUUUGAUUUUCCAACGGAGGGUUUCUGGGAUUCUCGAAAAGUUGUCUCGAUAUGUUUUGGUCGUAGUCCUCCAGGUGAAAUGAUGAUUCAUGUGUCUCGCGGAGACAAGCCGUUA